CUACACAUAAACCAAAGCCUGCAAAUCAACGGCUGAGAUUCACACUCACCAUUCUAACCAUUCGAUGCGUCUGGUUUUAUAAACACACUCUACAAAACCCUAAUUUCUUGUCCACCCUAACAGACAUCACUUGGUCGCCGGUGCCGCAUCCAUUAGAUAUAAGAAAUGGCUGAAGUUGCAAAGGGAGGACAGAUUGUUCCAGAGUCAGUUUUGAAGAAACAGAAAAGAAAUGAAGAGUGGGCCCUUGCAAAGAAGCAAGAGACUGAGGAGUUGAAGAAGAAGAAUGCAGCCAACAGGAAGUUGAUCUUCAACAGGGCUAAGCAGUACAGCAAGGAGUAUGAAGCUCAGGACAAAGAGUUGAUUCAGCUCAAGCGUGAGGCGAGAUUGAAAGGUGGAUUUUAUGUUAACCCUGAGGCCAAGAUGCUUUUCAUCAUUCGUAUUAGAGGUAUUAAUGCCAUGGACCCGAAGUCGAAGAAGAUAUUGCAGCUUUUGCGUUUGAGACAGAUCUUCAAUGGUGUCUUCUUGAAAGUCAACAAAGCCACAUUGAACAUGCUACACAGGGUUGAGCCAUAUGUUACAUAUGGUUAUCCCAACCUGAAGAGUGUCAAGGAAUUGAUUUACAAGAGAGGAUAUGGAAAGCUCAACAAGCAAAGAAUCCCUUUAACCGACAACUCAAUUGUCGAACAGGGACUUGGGAAAUUCGGCAUCAUCUGUGUUGAAGAUCUUAUUCACGAGAUCUUAACUGCCGGUCCUCACUUCAAGGAAGCCAACAACUUCCUUUGGCCGUUCAAGUUGAAGGCACCUUUGGGUGGUCUUAAGAAGAAAAGAAACCAUUAUGUUGAAGGUGGAGAUGCUGGCAACCGUGAAGAUUUCAUCAACGAGCUGAUCAGGAGAAUGAAUUAGAAUGAUGAUGAGGGGAUUGAGAUCUCGUGUUUUCAACUUUAGUUUCUAUAGAUUGUUUACUUGUCUUUCUAUUUUUGAGAGCCGGAUACUUUAUUUUUCAAAUGUCACCUUAUUCAGAAUGUUUCUUUUUUUGACUUGCAAUAUUGUUAUGCUGCCUUUUAUCUUAA